AUGAAGUUCGAGCCAACAGUGUACGCGAGCAACGUGUUGUCUGUAUACAAAGGGCCGAUCCAGAGUGAUGGCCGAUGCGAGAAGCGCGAGCGCGACGUCGUGAACACGGAGCGGUUCGCAGACGCCGCUGCAGGAGAAGCACAGAAGAAGAAGAACAGCGGCGUCGCUGUCAGCAAACGCUGGACGCCCGAGCAGGACGAAGCGCUGAAGAAGGCAGUGGCUGAACUCGGUCAUCGCAAUUGGAUGGUGGUGGCCGAGCGCGUGCCAGGACGUGACAAUGCGCAGUGUCUGCAGCGCUGGAACAAAGUGCUCAAGCCGGGACUUGUCAAAGGUCCGUGGUCGGUGGAGGAGGACGCGAUGCUCAUGGAGAUGAUGCUCAAGGGAUACGACAACUGGCGACAAGUGUCGAAUAGCAUUCCAGGACGAACGGCCAAGCAGUGCCGCGAACGCUGGCGGAAUCGACUGGAUCCGAGCAUCAACAAAUCGCCAUUUACAGAAGAGGAAGAUCAAGCCAUUCAACAAGCGUACGCGAAGUACGGCAAUCGCUGGACGCAAAUUGCUGAGAUUCUGCCGGGUCGCACGGAAGAUGCAAUAAAACUUAGGUGGAAGACACUGAACCCGAACCGGAAGACGUACACGAAGCUAGGUCGCCCGCGGCUAUUGAACACGGAGGACGCUCCGCCAGCGUUUACUUCUCCGGGCAAACUGAGUGUACCACAAACGCGACGGACGAUAUCAUGCCCCGUGAAUGCGUCAGCUCCGAUUGUCAUGAGUGAGUCUAGUUUGACGCAGGCGAAUUUAGAGCCGAUACUGAAUCCUCUUGAAGACGAAUCGGAGGAGCGCAUGAGCGAGGAAGACGUGAUGAUUCUGAACGAGUUUCUACGCGGCCACUCGAACAACUCGCUUGGCACCAGCAGCUUCAAGAGCAUGCUGUCAGCCACGAGCUUGCGGGACUUUGGCGAUGACAUCGAUGCUGCCGUGUUGAGGAUGUCGUCCCUGUCGGCAGCGCACUCACUAUCUGGAUCGAGCGCUGAAGAAUCGAUGGUACCAAAGUUCCAGCAGAACAUGUCGGACCAAGCUUCGACUCGAAUGCUGAACAAAAUGCUGAGUCUUGGCGACACAAAGAGUGCAAGUCUCCGUUCGAUCACGUCGGACGUGGAGCCCGAUGAUUCCUGGAUCAAUGGCGGUCUAACACGCUGCCUCAGCAACUUGUCCGUCACUGGAGAUGACGGGGAUGAGGAGAAGCUGUUUCUUCGCAACCGCAAGCUGAGCUCGAUGGGCUCAUUCGAGCAGCAGCUUGCAUCCCUCAGUGACGCCGGCUCUCUGUUGAGCAGUUCGUUGAAUUUGGAGGAUGAGACCAAGUCGCAGGACGCCUUGACGCGUGCUGCAGGCGAUGGCGUGAACGGACUGGGACCAGGUGCUGUUUGUGCACCACGGAGUUCGUUCCAGCUCAUCUCGGACGACGAGAUCCCGCUUCACGGUCUAUCGGACGUCGCAGCUGCAGCACCACCCAGUACCGACACACCAAGGACCGUGACAGCACAAGAUUUCUACAGCAGCGCAGUUCCACACGACCAGCUCUCGUCCGCCCACCGCUUUGAGAUUUAG